AUGUCGACGACGCCAUGCUCCAAAGGCGGGAUGCGCCUCAGCGAAGCCCUGGACAAUAUCCAACUCGCGUAUAACCCUAUAACGAAGCAGCUACACUUCGUUAGUCCCAGGGUAGUGAAGCCUGUCGAAACUAGUGAUGAAGUGGAUAAAUUAUCGAAAAAGAGUAGUUUUAGUGAUGAGGGAAACUAUUCAAUCUCAACAUGCGAAAAGAGUGAUACAAGUGACUCCCCAAAGAGUACAUUACAAUGGGGUGGUGGUUUAAGUGGUCAUCAGCGAGGGAAGGACGGUGGUUCAUUCUCAAGUACAGUGUCCAGCUUAUCUGAAUGUUCCAUAGGGUCAAGUGCCUCUAAGGAAGACAUAGUGGGUGACGUGAAUAAUGAUCAGGAGGCCAGUAAGCUAAAGAAGAAAGGGCUGUCUGGAUUUUUUAGCAGGUAUGCCUAUCUA